GUGGUUCGUUGACGAGGGCUUAGUUUAGGUCACAGUUGUAGACACUGUUGAGUGAUGAAGUUGAGCUAUGUGCUAUUUCCACUACACUUGUUAAUUAGCAGUGUGUGUGGCUAGGUGUAGCUAACUGUUUUUCUGGGAAAAACACACAAUUAACGUUCAUGUAUUUGCAUCGCAAAUGUUGCGUCACUAUGUGACAGUGAUGGACAAGUUAUUGAUUAUUGGGGGGUUUAUUUUAGCAACCAGUCACACGACUCUCACACCUGAAUAUCAAGGUGUGUUCAGCUGAAGUGCAUCUCUUCCUCUUUCACAGCAGCUGAUAGAGGAACAGCCAGACUCAUGUCCGAAGAUCUGGGUGUGAACGACUUGGGACACGAUGUCUCUCUUGCUGAUGUCCUUCCUGCUUGUUCUUCUGCUUGGGAUUGUCUUGUUAUGUGUCAUUUUCAGGUGGCUCAUAUGCACCCUGGCUGUGCGAUUCUUCCAGACUGCACUGAAUGCCGAUCUUAAGAUCAAAUCAGUCGGUCUGUUUUCUGUCCAAGGAGUUAGUAUCCAGUUUCACCCCCAGCAUACUCUGGAAAUUGACAGAAUAUGGAUUUCGAGUAAACUUCUAAACCAGGAUUUACCGAGAUACCUGGCGUUGUGUGUUGGCGAAACCAGAGUUAGGUUUGACUUGCAAGCACCACUCAGACCUUUGGGGAAGCAGAGCCAUGGAAAAAAGUCUGGGAAGAUUUCAGUCAGCCCCACAAUGCUACGCUUUCUGUCACAACUGCUGUCGUUCCACAUCAGCUCAAUCAAUGUGAUGGUACUGAACCUGGCAUUGUCCGAGUCUCUAUGGCACAUGACAAUUACAGGCAUCACCUUGUUACUAGACCACCAGAGUAAAAGGUUGGCGUGGGACUUCUCAGUCGGGCAGCUAAGCAGUAAAGUGCUUAAAAGCAGUCAGUUGGAUAUAUGUUUGGCCGAAGUGGCCCUGAGCCUGCUGCUGUCUGGAGAUGUGAGCCUACCGGAGAUGAAGCCAGGUGGUCUGUCCCUGAAUGUGAGGACACUUAUAGCAGAGCUCCAUGAGGGACUAUUUCUUAGCCAACUCCUGGUGCCCCCUUCUCCAAAAAAGGGCAUUCAGGAAGCAUCUGAGUGUGAAAAAACUGUGUUCAUCCAGACUGAGACGGUGGAGCAGUUUCAUCAGCUAAUUCCCCAGAAGGUCAACAUGGAAUUUGAUAAUACAAAUGUAACCCUGUCCAUGCAAAGCCAGAAAAGACACCUGAACUGGACUCUGAAGUCUUUAAAAGUCUGCUAUGGACGUGACGAUGAGCAGCUUCCUCUUAAAAGCUUCACUCCUGAGCUGAGCUUUCCCCAGACCAGCCUGGAGCUCCUUCUUGAGGAUGGACUUCUCCUCUCACAAAGUAGGCAAAGGAUCCUUUGUGUGAACACUCUGAGGACAACCCUGCAGAUUACGUCAGUUGACAUCUCAGGGUCAUUCACAAUCAACACUUGCAUCAUCCACUACCGUCACCAGGAGUUCUCCCAUUGGCUACAUCUAUUUCCAUGGGAACAGCUAAUCCACAGGAAGGCAGCACAUAGAAAAAGGCGCCUACCUCACCUGGAUGCUCCUGUGAUGAUCACGACCUCCGUCUCCAACGUUAAUGUGUCUGUUCAGCUGGGGGACACGACGCCUUUUGCUCUAGGCUUCCUCUCAGCCAGUGCAGAACUGCAGCAUCUUCUUGACAUUAAAGAUGACACAGAGAGCACAGAGUCCCAGAAUGUGCACCGGCGUGCCUCACUGUCCCUGGACAACUUCUGGUGGAGAGUGGGUCAGGGGUCUCAUAUCCAACAAGCACCGCACCCUCCUGGUAAACAUGUGUGGGGAGAAGCGCUCAUUUUAGACUCACUCAGUCUUCAGGGGAGUUUCAACCGACCCCAAAUGGAGUUGAGUAGCAGGAGUCCGAGUUUGAGUGUGGAGUCCAGCCUGAAGGGGCUUCAAGUGGAGCUCUCGGAGACCUGUGCACUGUGUCUGUCUCGCCUGCUGUCCCUCAUCUGUGUUCCUUAUGACACUGGGCCACAGCUGUCAGAUGUGGCCUCAGUGUCUCCCUCUAGUGGCGAUACCAUUCAACCCAUACAGCUGCUGUUCAAACUGGACUGUUGUCUGGAGGAUGUCAAUGUGUUCACACUGUCUAAUCUAGCAGGAGCCGUGUCUUUGCGGAUGGACACUGUCGAAGUCUACAGCUCUACAGAAAGCUCCACGUUGUCUCUUCAAAGCGUUAGCUUGUCAGCGAUCAAAUCACUCACGGAUAACAUGGAGUCAUGUUGCCCCGCCUCCCAAACCCCCGAACCUGUGCUCAAACUCACCAAGAUAGCCUUUUCUUACUUCAUCACCACCCACACCUUACAGGUUCAAUGUGAAGAGGAGCUCACUGUCGAGUGGACGCCACCCGACCACAUGGUCUUAUUCCAGCACAUGACUGAAGCUCAGGCUUGUUGGAGUAUGCUUUGUGGAGAGAAAGGAGAGGACAGUCCAGUCGAACCUGCUGAGAGUGACAUCGUUUCAGGCCAGAGUAGAGGGCUGUGUGUGCGUGUUGAACUGGACUGCACUCGUUUGACAGCCCAUGUUAGCGACCAGAACUACAUUCUCCUGCACACAGAAGCCCUCACAGUCUCCAAACACGCUGGUUCCAUGCAUAUACGUGCUCCCUCCAUGAUCCUCAACUUGGAUGGCAACAACAUCGUCACCUUUAAAAGUCUAGAUGUUGAAACGCACGCCGAGUUGACUGAGAUGCAGCUGCACAGAGACACAUUCUCCUUCCUCACCACUCCUCAUAACCAUGUCUGGGUCCUCACUUGCCCCUCUCUGGCUGUCGAGUUCCCCUACCAGUACAACUUCUCAAACACCUUUGACAUGGCCAUUAAUGUGCAGAAGUGGCUGAAGACUCUGCAUCGCUCUCCAAGCCAAGCCACAACCGUCCCAUGUCUGCCUCCUGACCUCGUGUUCAAAAUCAGCCAGUUCUCCUUUGUCUUCCUGGACGACAUAUUUGAAAUCAAGCUGCGAGACAACUACGAGCUAAUGAAGGACGAGAGUAAGGAAAGUGCAAAGCGUCUUCAGCUUCUGGAUAAGAAGGUGGCAGAUCUUCGCAAGCAACAUGGAGAACUUCUCCCUGCCAGAAAGAUUGAAGAGCUGUACAGUUCACUAGAGAAGAAGCACAUUGAGAUCUACAUCCAGCGCUCACGCCGCCUCUACGUCAACACACCCAUGAGGAAGUCUCUGCUGACCUGGACUGUGUCCGACUUGGAGCUAGUAGCCAUGGCUGAUCACUGUCUCCAUGGGCCAGAGAGGGUGAGAGAGCAGCUGAGGGACAUCGACAAGAUCAGUCCCUUCCCCAGAGAUGGACUCCCUCUGGUGGUCCAGUGGUGCCGGGCUGUCAAGUUUAAACUUUCUGCAUUUUUGGUGAGAAUUCGGGAUUACCCUCGCUACCUGUUUGAGAUCCGGGACUGGGAGCUGUCGGGGCGUCUGAUUGGGACGGAGCAGGAUGGACAGGCCAGGGCUCAUCGCAAAGAGACGGUCCCGCUUGGUCCGCCAUGGGGAGAUGUGACGGUCAACAGGAAUAUGCCACCACUCAAGUUCUACUACGAUUUCAAAUCGAACAUCUCUCUGUACACUAUUGUGUGGGGGCCGUGUUGGGACCCUGCCUGGACUUUGAUUGGCCAGUCUGUUGACCUGCUGACCAAACCCACAGUUGAUCCCUCACCUCUACUGGCCUGGUGGGACAAAAGUCGUCUCCUUCUGCAUGGACGCUGGGUUAUGGACAUUGACCAGGCCAAUCUUCAUCAGCUGGCUACAGAGGACCCUUACAACACUACAGAAAACCUGCAUUGGGAGUGGAAUAAGCUGAACUUUGACUGGAACCCAGGCCAAUUUGUUUUUAAAGGAGAUUUGGAUGUAAAUGUCAGGACAGCAUCAAAGUAUGAUGAUAUCUGUUUCCUACACCUACCCAACCUGUGUAUGACCCUUGACCUCCAAUGGCUUUGCCAUGGCAACCCCCAUGACCACUACGCCGUAAUGCUCUGCUGUACGGAGAACGUUGCAGACGUGACCUCAGGACAACCUCAUGACUCCUACAGAGCCUUUCGGUCUGAGAACCUCAACCUUUCCAUCACAAUGGACCUUAACCAGCACUGUGGCACAGAUUCCUCCCAGCCGAGAAUUCUGCUGUAUAGCAGCACUUUGCGCUGGAUGCAGAACUUUUGGGCCACAUGGACGGGUGUCUCUCGACCUAUCUGCAGAGGCAAGCUCUUCCACAGCCUCAGGCCCAUCCGCAAGAAGCUGGGUCAGCACUACAAACAGAUGUCCUACACAGCGGCCUUUCCACAACUUCAAGUGCAUUACUGGGCCUCCUUCGCUCAACAGAGAGGUAUCCAAGUGGAGUGCAACAAAGGCCACGUCUUCACUCGAGGAGCACAGAGACUUAUUCCCCAGGCUGGCACUGUGAUGAGGAGGCUGAUCUCUGAAUGGAAUGUGACCCAGAUGGUAAGUGAGCUAUCUCAGGUGACGGUUCACCUGAUGGCCUCAACCUGGGAUGAGACCGCCGACCACCAGAUCAACGCACAGGUGAAGAAGACCCACCUGGUCAGCCUGUCCUCCCUGAGCUACCAGCGACAGAGCAACCGCACAGAGGAGGAGGUGAACCAGAAGGAUGAAACUAACGCCUCUUACACUCACAAACUGCGCCUGGUGGACCUGCGAGCUUCCUGGACCACCACUAACAGGAACAUCGCCUUCGGGCUGUACGACGGUUACAAAAAGGCGUCUGUGCUGAAGAGAAAUCUCUCUACCGAAGCGUUGAAGGGUCUGAGGAUCGACACACAGCUGCAGACCAAGAAGCUCAAACGCUCUCCUUCCAACUACUCUCCCACCACAGCCCCCACCACACCCGUUAUGCCCACCGUCAACCGAGCAGAAAAAAGUCAAAAUGAAGGAACAUCGAUGCUUCAGAAACUGAUCGAGGAAACAGACAAGUUUGUGGUGUUUUCAGAAGAGGAUUCGGGUGUCAGCGACCAGCUGUGUGGCAUCGCAGCCUGUCAGACAGAUGACGUCUAUAACCGCAACUGGUUUAUUGAGUUGGUCAACUGUCAGAUGAUGUUGCGAGGCACAGAGACUGCAGGCUGUGUGCUGGUGUCUGCAGCAAAGGCUCAGCUGCUCCAGUGUGAGCACGACCCAGCCUGGUACAACGACACCCUGAAGCAGAAAACCACCUGGACCUGUCUGCUGGAUGGCAUGCAGUACUUUGCCACCAUGGAGCCCAACCCGUCUGAGCAAGAGGACAGGCAGCUGUGGCUCGAGGUGAAAAACAUAGAGGAGCACAGGCAGCGUAAUCUAGACUCCGUGCUGGAGCUGAUGGAGAGCGGCCAGGCUGUGGGAGGAAUGGUUUGCACCACUACAGACUGGAACCAGCCAGCCCAGGUGAACGAGGCUCAGCAGGUACAGCGAAUCAUUUCACGCUGUAGCUGUCGGAUGCAUUACAUCAGUUACAGUCACGACAUCAACCCAGAGGUGGCCACGCAGAUCAAACCACCAGAGCUGAGGAACAACCACGAGAAAGAGGACCUUCUGAAAAAACAGGCUGGGGCAGUGGACACCUUCACCCUCAUUCACCACGAUCUUGAGAUAUCCACUAACCCUGUUCAGUACGCUAUGAUCCUGGACAUCGUCAACAACCUGUUGUUACACGUGGAGCCCAGACGCAAGGAACACAGUGAGAAAAAGCAGCGUGUGCGUUUCCAGCUGGAAAUUUCCAGUAACCCUGAGGAGCAGCGCAGCAGCAUCUUGCACCUCCAGGAGGCAGUCAGGCAGCACCUUGCCCUGAUUAGACGUCUUGAGAAACAGAUUUACUCCAACAUCAGGGCACAAUCCGAAGACCUGUGCGGUGAUGAGCUGAUGGAGGUGAACACGAGACUGCAAAACCAGCUAAAUCAGGAGAAGAACGACAUGCAGAUGAAGAGUGAAGAGCUCAACAUUCUCAUCAGGUGUUUUAAGGACUUUCAGCUGCAAAGGGCAAACAAGCUGGAGCUGCGUAAGCCCCCAGAGGAUGUGAGUGUGGUGAGGAGAACAGAGAUCUACUUUGCACAGGCCCGCUGGUGUUUGACUGAAGAGGACGGCCAGCUGGGCAUUGCUGAGUUGGAACUGCAGAGAUUCAUGUACAGUAAGCUAAACAAGUCUGACGACACGGCGGAGCACCUUUUGGAGUUGGGGUGGUUCACAAUGAACAACCUCCUGCCCAAUGCAGCAUACAAGGUCGUACUUCGUCCUCAGAGUAACUGCCAGUCAGGACGCCAGUUUGCUCUGCGCAUCUUCAGUAAAGUGCGCCCCCCUGUGGGAGGAAUCUCUGUGAAGGAGCACUUUGAGGUGAACGUGGUGCCUCUCACCAUCCAGCUGAUGUACCAGUUCUUCAAAAGGAUGAUGGGAUUUUUCUUCCCAGGAAGAAAUGUUGAAGACGAAGAGGUCACUGAUGAAGAAGAUAAAUUCCGAUUGGUUACCACAGGUAUCCCUGUCAAGGCUCGGCAGUCAUCAGAGGACACCAUGGGUGCUAUGGGCCCCAGCAAAGGUGUCACCCAGGGACUGAACCGCACUGCGGGGGUCAGGAGGUCAUUCAGGAAACCUCCAGAGCAUCCUGUUGAUGACAUUGAUAAGAUGAAGGAGAGAGCUGCUAUGAACAACUCCUUCAUCUACAUCAAGAUUCCCCAAGUGCCCCUCUGUGUCAGCUAUAAGGGAGAAAAGAGCAGUGUGGACUGGAAGGACCUGAAUCUGGUUCUGCCCUGUUUGGAGUACCAUAACAACACCUGGACAUGGCUUGACUUUGCAAUGGCUGUGAAAAGGGACAGCCGGAAAGCUCUUGUAGCACAGAUGAUAAAGGAGAAGCUGCGCCUGAAGCCGGCUUCAGGCUCAGAGCUGCGGGGGAAGUCGUCCGAAGGGAAGUCGGACAACAGCCUGCAGCAGCAGGAGGAAGAUGAGAAAGCUCGGCUCCUCAUCGGCCUCAGCACCGCAGACAAGAGCUCCGGCAAGAAGAGCAUCUUCAGUCGGCGCAAAUGAAGCAACAAACACUCGCACAUUCAAGUCAGAGCUCGCAUGGAUGAUCCCCAGCAGCAGCUGCCACACUCCCCUCGCUACGAGGAUCAGGGAAAAAAACGCCUCUUCUGGGUCAAAAUAUCAGUCUGGCUUUGUGAAUAUCAAAGAAAAAGGGAGCCGGUCGAGCAUUUCAAAUAGUUUAUGAAGAUAUCUCACUGUAUCAUAUGAUCCUGCUGAACCUAAAGGUAUGUUCUUUUGUUUUUUAAAUAAUACUCCAAAUUUGAGUUUAUGGCCAAAAUCCCCACCGGGAAAUCAAACGGGUCUCGCUUAAGAACGAGACCUUGUCUCUCAAUGAGAUUACUUGUAUAAAUAAAGGUUAAUUAGGAAUUACAAGAGUGCCAAUUAGACCAAAUACAUAUUAUCUUGUUUAUCUGUGUGCCAUUAACAUUUCACUGCACUGCAUACACAAUAUGAUGACCACUUGCGUUACAUUAAAUGUAGCGAGGAAGACUUACAGUGUGUAGCUAGCCCUUCACUGUUAGCGUUUCCUCUGCUUCUAUUAAUGCAAGACUGAGAGCACCUUUUCCUGCUGGCUCAGGAACACUGUCCUUCUGCCUGAAUAAAUAGGACUCAACCUGGAAGCACCCUCAAAUGCUGUCUGCUGUAAAACAAAUAAAAAAAUAAAAGUCAUAGAUGAAUAUCAGUAUAUGUUUUACUAAUGAAAGGUAUUGUAAAUGGCUGUAUGAGUGUCACUCUGACAGGAAGGCCUUUUCCCAUAGAUGACCACAAAAUAUUUUAUAUUUCAACUGUAAAUGACGAAUGAUAAAUGUAUUCAUCCCCCAGCUUGCUGUCACCCCAGUGCAAUAUAUCAACAAAAGAGCAGCAAAAACAUUUUAUUGUGUUGUACAAUGUCGCACUUGGCUUGGUGGCAUCGUGUCAACAAAAAAAAAUAUAUGUUGCAGCUAAUCACAGAGUGUAUGUUUUGUAAUUUUAUUACUAAAGCACUUUUUAUGCAAAGUAUUUUGAUAUUUUUGUAACCACGUCUGUUUUCUGUUGAAUUUCUUGCCUCAUUGUUCUGCUAAGCUUAUUGCCUCUGUCACAUUUCUAUUAAGAAAUAAAUACCCCCCCCCCCCCUAAACAUUUCAAUUAAACGGAUCAUAUCGGUAAAGCAGAUCUAUUCACAUUCACUAUGCUCUGUGGCUUAUUGUUUAUCUGUCAAUAAAAACUGUUAAAGUCU